CGGCCUGGUGUUUUCUUACCCAGCCAGACACAUUGUGGAAGUGGAUGGGAAAAGAGGCCUCUUCCGCGGUCUUACUCCUCGCCUCGUCUCAAGCACUUUAUCAACCAUCACCCGGGGGAGCGUGAAGAAGGCCUUCCCACUGGAAGACAUGGAGCACGUUUCUAACAAGGAUGAUGUCAAGACCUCCCUUAGGAAGGUGGUGAAAGAGACAUCUCACGAGAUGAUGAUGCAGUGUGUGUCCCGGGUUGUCUCACAUCCGCUGCACGUGAUCUCUAUGCGCUGCAUGGUCCAGUUCGUAGGCCGGGAAGUCAAAUACAGCGGUGUCUUCAGCGCCAUCGGCAGGAUAUUUAAGGAAGAAGGGAUCCUGGGAUUCUUCGUCGGUUUAGUCCCUCACGUCCUGGGGGAUGUCAUCUUCCUCUGGUGCUGCAACCUCCUGGCUCACUUCAUCAACACCUACGCAGUGGACGAUAACUUCAGCCAGGCGUCGGUGAUCCGGAGCUACACAAAAUUUGUGAUGGGGAUUGCUGUGAGCAUGCUGACGUACCCCUUCCUUCUCGUGGGAGACCUCAUGGCAGUGAACAACUGUGGGUUGCGUGCCGGCCUCCCUCCCUACGCUCCCGUGUUUACAUCCUGGAUCCAUUGCUGGAGGUAUCUCAGCGCUCAG